AUGGCUGCGGGCAUCGAUCACGGACGGGUCGGGGAGAGGUUGCAAGCGGCACUGGCCGGACUGCAGGAAUUGCAUUUCCUCAAGGAGAAACAGUGUGACAUGGUAAACUGGGCACUGCGUAUGGACCGGACGGACCGUCAGGGGACUGAGGAACAGUACUUGGAGGCGACCCUGUCAGCCCUCAAGCAAGAACUGGUAGGGUCCGCUUUUUCCAUAUGAAAUAUUAGUUGUUUUUUUCCCAAUAAGAAAUAGCCUAUUUGGUUGAUGCAUAGGCUAAGCCUAAAACUUCAAUUCCCGUAGAAUAUAUAAUUUAGUUAGAAAAACAUGAACUUUGAUUAGUUAGAAUUAUUAUGCACGAUUUAAUUGGCAGUGGACAGAAUAUUUUAUAUGGUUCCAGAUAGUCGAUGUUUAAGCAUAUAAUUUGCACCGAAAAUGCUAUAAUUACGCAGGUAUUACGCAGAUAUAGUCGGUUGAUAUCGUGAUCUAUCUUGCCUGUUCUAUCAUUGUCAGUUGGCACAGUUUUUUUCAUGAUUACAGUUGGGGAGUGGGAGUCAUAACUCAAGGUUCAUUUCAGGAUCACGGGACACUGGGAAUAGGGGAGUUCAGUGUCUCUGAUCAUUAACCAUUUUAAUGGCAGUGGAAACAUACAAUUGGCCCUUGGCUGUAGAUUCACCCCAUAUAACUCAGAGAUAGUUUGACCCUAUUGUAUUUCUGUUGAAUCAUUUUGUGAAGAGUCAUUUGUUAGGAAUCAAUCUAAUGAUAUGCACCUUUAUCAAAGAAAUUACUAAACUGAAGCUACAGAAUUUCAGGAUCAGCUUAAAGCCAUGUUACUGUAUUAACCAUUUUUUAAACCAUUUGUGGUCAGCAUAACAGAUAGUGUAUAUUUGAAAAUCUGUGAUUGUUCCUUCCUGCAAUAUGUUUCCAAUUCCAAUCAAUAACACUGUAUAUGGUAGUAAUAUGUAUAACAGGCAGUGAGCAUUGAUGAAGCCCCCAAAUAGCACCACAUCAUACAAAAGGAAAAUACAGCCCCUCUUCCCCCUCACAAGCUUCUCAAAGGGCUAGUGAAGAAGGUUGCCUGUAACACUUUUUUGGAAUGGUAUUACCCCUAGCUGCUAGUCCUAGCUGCUUAAGCAAACAUGGUCUGUCCCCCCCACUAAAGUUUACACAAUGGCCAGUGCCUCUCUGCAGGGGACAAAUUAGUUAUCCACCGAUUGCAUCCCUAAGCUCCCCCUUGUCCUCCACUGGUUAAUCAUCAGCCACGCUCUGUCAUUGUUUUUUGUUUUCUAAGUGUAUAACCUCUGGCGAGUGCACUGAGAGCUUCUUACUUAGUACGCUACAGAAACAGGAGAUAGGCUCCUGUCUCGGACAAGGCUACUUACUAGUGUGUUAAUGUGUCUUGUGCUAUAACCUCUGAUUCCUGUAUGUAUGCUGACUGUAUCUGGUGUGUGCUGCAGUCUCAUCUGCGCAGGCAGGAUGUGGGGCAGAAGACACACCUGCAGCAACUGGACCAGCAGAUAAGUGAUCUAAAGCUGGAUGUGUGCAAGGCCUCCACUGAGCAAAUGGAGAGCAACAGUAGACCCAGCUCAGGUCAGUAGUACACACACACACACACACACACACACACACACACACACACACACACACCCUUAUACUUGUUCACAAUCUUAUCAUACAAAUGGACUUGCACUCUGCCGGCCUAAGAGCACAUUGACAUCAGGACAUACCGCCCCGUAGCACUCACUUCUGUCAUCAUGAAGUGCAUUGAGAGGCUAGUUAAGGAUCAUAUCACCACUAGCUUACCUGACACCCUAGACCCACUUCAAUUUGCUUACCGCCCCAAUAGAUCCACAGAUGAUGCAAUCGCCAUCACACUGCACAAUGCCCUAUCCCAUCUGGAGAAGAGGAAUACCUACGUAAGAAUGCUGUUCAUUGACUAUAGCUCAGCAUUCAACACCAUAGCACCCUCCAAGCUCAUCAUUAAGCUUGGGGCCCUGGGUCUGAACCCCGCCCUGUGCAACUGGGUCCUGGACUUCCUGACGGGCUGCCCCCAGGUGGUGAAGGUAGGAAACAACACCUCCACUUCGCUGAUCCUCAACACACAAGGGUGCGUGCUCAGCCCCCUCCUGUACUCCCUGUUCACCCAUGACUGCGUGGCCAUGCACACCUCCAACUCAAUCAUCAACUUUGCAGACGACACAACAGUAGUAGGCCUAAUUACCAACAAUGACGAGACAGCCUACAGGGAGGAGGUGAGGACCCUGGGAGUGUGGUGCCAGGAAAAUAACCUCUCACUCAAUGUCAACAAAACAAAGGAGCUGAUCGUGGACUUCAGGAAACAGCAGAGGGAGCACGCCCUGCAGUAGAGAAGGUGGAAAGCUUCAAUUUCCUCGGCGUACACAUCACGGACAAUCUGAAAUGGUCCACCCACACAUACAGUGUGGUGAAGAAGGCGCAACAGCGCCUCUUCAACCUCAGAGGCUGAAGAAAUUUGGCUUGGCACCUAAAACCCUCACAAACCUUUACAAAUGCACAAUUGAGAGCAUCCUGUCGGGCUGUAUCAUCGCCUGGUACGGCAACUGCACCUCCCGCAACCGCAUUGCUCUUCAGAGGGUGGUGCGGUCUGCCCAACGCAUUCCGGGGGCAAACUACCUGCCCUCAAGGACGCCUACAGCACCCGAUGUCACAGGAAGGCCAAAAAGAUCAUCAAGGACAACAAACACCCGAGCCACUGCCUGUUCACCCCGCUAUCAUCCAGUAGGCGAGGUCAGUACAGGUGCAUUAAAGCUGGGACCGAGAGACUGAAAAACAGCUUCUAUCUUUCAGGCCAUAAGACUGUUAAAUAGCCAUCAAUAGGCGGCUUCUACCCAGUCACGUAACCCUGCACCAUAGAGGCUUCUGCCCUAUAUACAUAGACUUGGAAUCACUGGCCACUUUAAUAAUGGAACACUAGUCACUUUAAUAAUGUUUACAUAUGUAUAUACUGUAUUGUAUUCUAUUCUACUGUAUUUUAGUCUAUGCCACCGACAUUGCCCAUCCUAAUAUUUUAUAUUUCUUAAUUCCAUUCUUUUACUUUUAUAUUUGUGUGUAUUGUGUUUAUUGUUGUGGAUUGUUAGAUAUUACUGCACUGUUGGAGCUAGAAACACAAGUACUUCGUUACACCCGCAAUAACAUCUGCUAAUGUGCCUAAUACAAAUUGAUUUGAUUUGAUUUGAUAUUUCCACACAUUUCUUGUUCUGGGCUGUGAGGGGAGUUGGCCGAAAUACUACAUUCUCUCCUCUCCUCCUCCAGGUUUCUAUGACCUCAGCGAUUGCGGCUCCUGCUCUCUGUCCAACUCCUGCACCUCGGUAUACAGCGAGUGCCUCUCCUCCUCCUCCCAAAACAGCCUUCUCCCUCCCCAUGGCCCCUCUGGACCUCACACCCUCAGUACAGCAGCCCAGAAGAAUGUGGCAUCCCGCCGGCGCUCCGUUGAUGAGACCAGCACCCACCCUAACCCACCACGGGGGACAGGGCUGCACCUUGGCAGCAGUAGGAUACGCACUGGCACCGCGGGCACCGACUGGGCUAGACAGAGACCCAUGUCCACAGGUGAGCACCACCCUCAAUACUGCACCUCAGGUAGACUUAGUCUAAACUAACGGUUAUUGUGAGCUCAUGAUGUGUCUUCAUCAUGCUGUGAUAGAUUUUAUGAACUCUAUAUUUGACUAGGGUCUAAUUGGAAAAUAGUUCUAAAGAUCAAUUGGAUGCAUUUCUGUUCCCUCAGGUGACCUGGACAGGAUGUUGACUCCAGGACUGGGCAGCUACAAGUCUGUGGAUGUGAAGAAAUCCUCCCUGUGCUCCAACCUCUGGAGCUCAACCACCGUUGACCCCAAGUACCAGAGUAACCUGGUGUCCCUUAAUGGGGCAGAGGUCUACCUCUACCCAAGCCCACUCCAUGCCAUAGCCCUCCAGAGCCCCAUCUUCUCUCUGGGUUGGGAGCCGGCUGUCACGGAAGCCCCAGAUGGCCAGGGGCCUCCGGCAGAUGCUUUCCCCAGUGUGGAGACUCUUCAGAGGGGACGCAAGGAGAGGAUGGAGCCCAAGCCCCUAGGAUACAUCAACAAGCUCCGCAAGGGGAGUAUGAGCAAGAUAAACGUCCGGACAGAGUUUGGCAGAGACAACAUGCAGAUGCCUCAGAAUGAUCGCCCAAGUUAUCCCCACGAGGCGGAUGAAGUUGGAACAGUGAGUCCAGAUGUCCCUCAGGUUCAGGUGCCUCCACAGCAGCAGGCCAUGCUGUCACAGUCAGACAUCAGACCAAUGACCAGACAGAGGCAAUCUGCCAGUCGGGAGCAGGUGAACUAUGUGAACCUCACCCGGCAGGCACUGAGAACCCCAUUUCUGGAGACUUCAUACCGCUACUCCUACCCUGCAGCACUGAGGGGGUACAGAUCUAGUGAGCUCCACACCACCACCUCCACCAUAAACAUAUUCAGGGUGUCAUCCGAUGGGGUGAGUAUGCGAGGCCAUCCUGACCUGGGCCAUGUGGAGGUCCCAGGAGGGGGAGGGGCGUCUGAACGUAAGCCGUCUGAAAGGAGGCUGGUGCCAAGUAUGGGCGUGGCCCACAGCUCCAGCACAGAGGAAAGCCAAGGCUCUGAUGAAGGGAGUCUGUGCCACCACUUGGCGCAGUCUGGCUUUGUCCAUGCUCAGUUUGUCCCUGCAGGGUCACAGUGGGUCAAGGUGAGGCAGGCGGACCGCAAGAGCAAGGCUGUAAGGCUGAGGAGGAGAAGCUGUGAGAAGCCCAGCCGGGCCAUGAGGCUCCAGCUGCAGGGACACUCAUCCAACGAGAGGACUAGGGAGACCAGUGUUGGAGCUAGGGGGGAGAGGGAGCUCAGAGUGCCAGAGAGAGGAAGGAUGUCCCAGUCCCAGAGACCAGCCAGCUGCCUGAUGAAGGAGUGUGGUCACUCAGGCUCUGAGUCCAGCCUCUGUGGCCCUGCCCUCUCAUAUGCCCAGCCACUGGCCAUCCCUGCCACUAAGCCCACCAAAGCCCGUAGACCCCACUACCCUGACCUAGACCAGCCACCCAUCGAUCAGAGGAAGAGGAGGCAGGGCACUCCCAAGUGGCCGUCAGAUAUGGAGAUGUCCCAAGCCAUGUGGGUUCAGGAUCAGAUGUCACAUAGAGGGCUCCAGACUGGAGGGCCAGUGAGCAAGUCAGCCAUUGGCUGGGGUGAGGGUGGGCCUCCUCGGGCUCUUCAACCCCUCGCCUUCUCAUCCUCCUACUUCAGCCACCUCAAUGCCAGAUACCCUCCAGCCCCCUACCCCCUGUCCACACACUACCUGUCCCUGUGCGAGUCGGAGUACUCGGCCGACUGCACCUCUCUCUUCCACUCCAACAUCACAGAGAGCAGCGAGGGGGACAGCGAGUCCAGCCAGAGUGAAUCCCAGUCCCACUCGGACUCUGACAGAAGCCUGUCCCUGGACAAGGGGAGCAGGAAGGAAGGGGGUUUGGUGUGGGCCGAAGCCGCUCUGGGACCCCUUGCCGCUGGACGGCCCCUCCAGCAGCUCCCCCACCCGGAGCCACCGGCGCGCCGCAUCAAAGCCUCCCGAGUCCUGAAGAAGAAGAUCCGCAGGUUCCAGCCCGCCUCCAUGAAGGUCAUGACCUUGGUGUAA